AGUCCAGAUGUUGUGAGAAAGUUCCGAGCUUCCUGGCAGCCUGAUGCUGGGUUCAAAAGAGUUUUCCAUGGAAGAGCCAAUGAUCCACAUCUUCAAUGGGCAGCCAGCAUGACUCACGGAGUAUCAACCCAGUCUUCCAAUAAAGCUGAAACUCUUGUGAACCCGAAUCCCAAAACAUUAUUCCAACAGCGCCUAGCAAAUAGGAAAGAAAAUGUUUAUGCCAGCAUUGCCAAAGGUCCUCUUGGCAAGUCACAUGAUCAGCGUCCAGGUUUGCCACAAAAUCUGAAUACUGACUAUUUUACUUUUGGUCUUCCUACUGAAUUAGAUAUUGGUGCUGGUGGAUUAAUAAACCCCGAUAAAAAUUACCAACAAGUUCAAGACGAGAGUUCUGUCGGCCAUGAUCUCUACGUUAAAACUCACGCUAAUUUUGACGUUGGUGAGAGAGUCAGGCGGAACUAUACUUGUCCCAGUUUCGAUAUCAACAGAGGUUAUGGUAUUCCUACGCCACAUAGUAACGAUGGUAAAGAGGUUCGACAGACGCUAAAAUGGCUCCAACAGGAUGACCAGACGUCAAAGAUUGUUUCUCAAAGGGUGGAUAAUUUUAGAGAGAGAACUCAAUCUCAAUUGGGCCGAGUCCAUGAUCCUAUUAAAGACACGCUUAAUGUACCAGCUGAUCAUACAUUUGGUGUUUUAUUGAAACCAGACCAAUAUGGUGCCGGUGACUUGUUACAUAAUCGUGUCCCUGGUUCGUAUCUGAGGGGUCGAGAUCAACAGAGAGGUGUUGUAGCGGCAGCACGACAACAUCUAAAGAAAGUCAACUACCAUAAUUUUCCUGAUUUGUUGGCAGCCUUUAGGUUCUACGAUAAGGAUUGCAGUGGAAAGAUAGAUAUCAAUGGAUUAAGAGAAGUCUGUGUAGAGUUCCAUCUUCCCCUGGAACCAGAGAUGUUGGAACAGGUCUUUGAUUUCUGUGAUGCCAACCGGGAUGGUAAAAUAGACUAUAUAGAAUUUUCUAAUUUCUUAAACUGGAAAGACAAAAUGGAAUCUGGCUUUGCUGAUAAACCUGAGAUCAGUGGUGAAUUUGAUCAGAAGACAGCCCAGAAUUCUGGUAGUACACCACGUCGAUUAAAACAACAGAUAGACCGAGCUAUUGGCAACCAUAAAACUAGUGCUGGUAUGAUCAACGCGGUGGUUGGUGGCGUUUCCACUAGAGAUUACAGAACGUAUGGUGUUCCAACCAUCAGAAUGGAUUUACCAGCCCCGAGAACACGGCGUAUUGACGAUCUCAACAACUAUGGUGAGGAAUCCGAUUGCUAUGGACUGUUGAACCCAUCUAUUUAUAGUAGCAAGGGAAUCUAUGAGAGAGAUUUUCUAAUUCCACGAUCAUUAGAAGAGCUAAAGGUUAUAUUUGAAGGUAUUGGAGUAAGAAUGACAGGACAAACUCUUGAAGAUGUGUACAAUAUAGCUGCUGCCAGUCACCCUAAAGGUGAUGUUUGUGUGGAGUCAUUCCGAAACGUCUUAGAUGACUAUCAAGCCUUCCAGGUCCAAUCUGGACAACAUCCUUUAGCAGUUUAA